AUGGCUCGUUGGCAGCGUCUGUUAAACAACUCAGCGGCGCGGCGUCAGAAACUACUCAAGAUGCAGGAACAGUACAAACAAAUCGAAGAGCUUUACCUUACGUUUGCGAAGAAGGCUUCCGCGUUCAACAGUUGGUUCGAAAACGCGGAGGAAGAUCUGACGGAUCCCGUGCGAUGCAAUUCCUUGGAAGAAAUCAAGGCUUUGCGAGAGGCACACGCUCAGUUCCAGGCAUCGUUGGGCUCGGCGGAGGAAGAUUUCCGACAGCUACAAGAAUUGGAUGCUAAAAUCAAAUCGUUUAACGUGGGUCCGAAUCCGUACACUUGGUUCACAAUGGAUGCUCUUGAAGAGACGUGGCGGAACUUGCAGAAGAUUAUUCGUGAACGAGAAGCAGAGCUGAUCAAAGAAAAUCGUCGCCAAGAGGACAACGAUAAGCUCAGACGCGAGUUCGCAAAGCAGGCGAACAGUUUCCAUGCGUGGCUGACUGAAACGCGCACGCAGAUGAUGGAAACAACCGGCACUCUUGAAGAACAGCUUGACAUUUUGAAGAAAAAGGCGGUUGACGUCAGAUCUCAGAAAGGCCAAUUGAAAAAAAUUGAGGAUUUGGGUGCUCUUCUUGAGGAGCAUUUGAUUUUGGAUAAUCGUUAUACCGAACAUUCCACUGUUGGUCUAGCUCAGGCUUGGGACCAGCUAGAUCAGUUAGCGAUGCGGAUGCAGCAUAAUCUAGAACAGCAAAUCCAGGCCAGAAACCAGUCGGGCGUAUCCGAGGAAGCGCUAAGGGAAUUCUCCAUGAUGUUCAAGCACUUUGAUAAGGAGAAGACCGGUAGAUUGGAUCACCAGCAGUUCAAGUCUUGCUUGCGUGCCUUGGGGUAUGAUUUGCCAAUGGUCGAAGAAGGACAGCCUGACCCCGAGUUUCAACGAUUUUUGGACAUUGUAGACCCUAAUAGGGAUGGUUAUGUUACGCUUCAGGAAUACAUGGCUUUCAUGAUCAGCAAAGAAACCGAAAACAUCCAGUCGAGUGAGGAAAUUGAAAGUGCCUUCCGGGCUCUGUCUAAGGACUAUCGGCCGUAUGUGACUGCAGAGGAAUUAUACGCGAACCUUUCUCCUGAGCAGGCCGACUACUGCGUCAAACGCAUGAAACCAUACAUCGAUCCUAUGAGUGGGCGGUCCAUUCCUGGAGCGCUAGAUUACGAAAACUUCGUCCAUACGUUGUUUCAAGUUAAUUAG